AUGGAAUCGACGGUGGAGAUUGAAUCUGGAGUAGGAUUGGAGGGCGUGGGUGAAAAAAGACUGGCUAAAGAGGAUGGGGAAGUGUUGAAAGAAGCCAAGAGGAUUAAAAGGGCUGGAGCUGGGGGUUUGGUUGUGAAUGUAAAGAAGGUGGCGGAGAUAGUGUUGGUGUUGGCGGCAAUGGGGAAGAUGAGGGGUGGGAGGGUACCGACAGAGGCCGAGAAGGACUUGAUGAGGGACGCCCGGGAAAGGUUGGCCAAGGCUUGUGAGGGGUUUGCUCCGAAGGAUGUGUUUCCAAGGGAUGCUUUUGGGGGUGUGAUUGAGGAUUUGGGGCUUAACAAAUUGAAGGAACAGAGACUAGGUUUUCGACCUCCCAAAUUGUCAAUUGCUGAGAAGUUGUUGCUCUCUAAAAGAAAGAUGGAAAAAUCAGAAGCUUUUUCUCUACCAUCAACUCCACAGUCGUCUCAAAGUCAGCAAGUGAACUCUCGUGCAGGAGCUGAAGGCUAUGGUGCACCACACGGUGUUCGGAUGUCUCAGUCGGAUAAACCAAGUCACAUGUCAAUAUCUUCUGGAAGUUUCCAAGCUUCUUCACCUUUGGGUCAUGGUACUCCAACAAAUUCUACAUCUUCAGCAUAUCAGCUUCCCACUAGUGAGAUAAGACCAGGCGUUUCCAGUGCUUUGCCCUCAAGUCAUUUGGUUUCAACAGCGUUGCCUAGAGUUGACCGUCCUCUUGCUAGAUUGGAUGGAAGACAGAAUGGUUCUCUUUACCCUUCGCAAGAUAAAGUUAAUUACACUGCUAACUCAAGUGUGAGAACUCCAACUUGGUCGGUGCAAUCCCAGUCUGGCUCAUCAGCUAAAAUUUGUUCAGAUACUAAGGUGCCUCUGAAUUUGUCAGUUAAAGCUGAGGAAGUUGCUGAUGGUAAGUCUGGAUUGGCCCCUCAAGCAACCCCCAGGCCAGUUGUCACUCAGACAACAACUGGACCGCCAAGGGUACAUCAGACUUUACAAGGAACAAACUCUGUUCAGACAUUGGGUAAUACACAUACUGAAAUUAUUAAGAUCAUUCAGAAAUUGUUUCAGUCCCAGGAUCCAAAAUGUCCUCCUUGGAAGCCUCCUUCUAGGGAUUACAUGAAUAAGGCAUUGACUUGUCAGAUGUGCAUGUCUACCCUUACAGAGAUAGAUAGUUUACUUGUCUGUGAUGCUUGUGAGAAAGGGUUUCACUUAAAAUGCCUCCAGACAACUAAUCAAAAGGGAGUUCCUAGAGGAGAAUGGCAUUGUGGAAAGUGCUUGUCUCUAAGCAAUGGGAAACCUAUACCCCCCAAGUAUGGUCGUGUCAUGAGAAACAUUAAUACAGCAAAGAUGCCUUCCAAUGCAGCAGCUGUAACUUCAACUAAAAAGGUUGAGACUUCAGAUGAGACGAUCAGUCAGCCGAAGGUAAUGGUCAAUGGGAACACUUCAAUUCUAAAUGUACCUACUGCUACGACUGGAAGUAAUUAUAUCCAUCAAGUAUCUGGAACAAAUGUGGAAGAGGCUAAAGGAGGGAAUGGUAUCAUACCGAGUGAGGCAAAGUUGGAUGACAAAUCUUCUGGAACUUGCCCUAAUAAUGUGAUGAAAACCUCCAGUGCUGCUUGUGUUACACCUGGGAAUUCAUCGGUUGGAAAAUUAUGUGAUGGGAAGGUGAUUGAAUUCAAAUCAGAUCCUCCUGAACAGUCAGACGCUGUUCCCAGUUUAUCUUGUAACUCACGAGCUCCUGGAGAUGCUAAAGAUAGUAACUUAAGGCCACCAAGUGAUGUAGCAAGUUCACCGAAUCAAUCUCUUGAAAAUCAUGCCUUUAGCAGGGAUUCAAAAGAAUCUCAUGGUAAAGAAACUUUCAACAAUAACUUAAAUCAACCAAUUGAUCAAGUUGUACGUGACAAUGCUUCAGAAACUACUGCCAGUACUGGAGUUAUGCAGCACAAUAGUUCUGCACCAGAUGGUUUGCAUGCUGUAUAUUGGGCUGGUGACACAAUGAAAGUUGUAGAUAAGAAAACGUAUUAUCAAUCUUGCUACGUCGAUGGCCACAUGUAUAAAGUUCAGGAUUAUGUUCUUAUUCGCUUUGACAAUGAUAGAUUGAUCCCUUCAAAGCUUCAGGCCAUGUGGGAGGAUAACAAUACUAGAGAAAAGUGGGUAACAAUAAAUCGGUGUUACUUCCCUGGAGAUUUGCCUGAGGCUGUUGGCCGCCCUUGUGGCCUAGAAAGCAGUGAGGUAUGUGUGUCUAAUCGUGAUAGCACAUUAAUGGCUGGCCUAAUACAGAGCCCAUGUGAAGUUCUUCCGCCAAGAAAGUUCGCCGAAGAAAGUGAAAGGAGAACUCAUUUAAGGCCACAGCCAAAUGAUCAAUUACCUCCACUUUAUCUGUGCAAAUGGAUAUAUGAUGAAUCAAAAGGGUUGUUCCGUGACAUUUCGUGUUAA